UGCCGCCGCCCGCUAACGUCGUCUGUCUCCCGUCCCGUCUCUGUCUCCCCGCUCCGCCAGGUUCGGAUCCCUAACCCUUUCUUACCCCCCCUCCGCCACCCCGACCAUGGCCUCCUGCGACGAUGACUUCGCCCUUCUCGGAGACGACGCCCAGUCCCAGCCCCAGCACCAGCACCAGCACCAGCACCAGCACCAGCAAGCCGCCGGCGCCGCUGUCCCCUUCGCCCACCGCUACAUAGCGAAGGCGGCGGCGGCGGCGGCGGCGGCGACGCUGCCCCUCCGUUCCCGGACCCACGCUGCUCUCAACGCCAUCGCCAGCCCCAAAAAGGGGGCGGUAGGCGACGAGGAGGAGGACUACGGCGAGGCCUUCGCCCAGGCGGACGCCUCCAAGUGCCCCGCCCCUUCCUUCCACGACGUCGCCUCGCACCCGCAGCACCACUGCUUCUCCGCCGACGCCAAUCCCUUCGUCCACGAUGGUCACGACGACGACGACGACGACGACGUCGCCGCCGCCGCCGCCCCCUCUCCCGCCAACGGCGGCAACAACGACGGUAAUCCCGAUCGCAAACCUCGCGCAUCCUCCUCGCACCAGCAACACCGUCCUCAGCAGCAGCACCAGCACCAUCCUCAUCCUCCCUCUGCCCCCCGGCCCGAUCCCAAGCGCAGAAACCCCGACGAUCCGAGCGAUGGCGAGUCCCCCUACUGCUACGGCAGCGGCGCCUCCAAGAAGACGAGGCCGAUGUCGUCCUCCAGCGACUACCGCAAGGACCGCGAGGAGUGGAGCGACACUGCCAUCGACAGCCUCCUCGAUGCCUACACGGAGAGAUUCGAGCAGUUGAACCGGGGUAACCUGCGGGGGAGGGACUGGGAGGACGUGGCCACCAUAGUCAGCGACCGCUGCGACGGGCAGAAGGCCGGGAAGAGUGUGGAGCAGUGCAAGAACAAGAUCGACAACCUCAAGAAGCGCUACAAGGUGGAGUGUCAGCGCCUCAGCAGCGGCGGACUCGCAGUCAGCCACUGGCCCUGGUUCAAGAAGAUGGAGCACAUAAUCGGCAAUUCGUCAUCCUCCUCAAAAGCCGGACCUGAUGACGACAAGUCCCUCGUUCCUAUUACCUCCACUUCCACUUCGAGGCAGCAGAUCAAAAGGUAUCACGGUGCUGCAUCUGGUCCUGUUAACGUUCCAAAUAACUCGAAAAUGAAUAGUCUCUCAAACCCAAGAUGGAAAAGGGUGGUUUUGAAAAUCAGUGGUGCUUCGUUAGCUGGAGCUGCUCCACAUAAUGUUGACCCUAAGGUGAUCAUGCUGAUAUCGAGGGAAAUUCAAAUGGCAAACCGUCUUGGUGUACAAGUGGCAGUUGUUGUUGGAGGUCGAAAUAUCUUUUGUGGUGACAGUUGGGUAGCUACAGCUGGCAUUGAUCGGGCUACAACAUACCAAAUAAGUAUGAUGGCAUCAGUAAUGAACGCUGUAUUGCUGCAAGCUUCCUUGGAGAAAAAUGGCGUAGAGACACGUGUGCAGACUGCGUUAACAAUGCCAGAAAUUGCAGAACCAUAUGUAAGUCGGCGGGCUAUGCGUCAUCUAGAAAAAGGAAGAGUCGUUAUAUUUGGCGGAAUUGGUGCAGGGAUCGGGAACCCACUUUUUACAACCGACACAGCAGCUGCCCUAAGAGCGUCUGAAAUUAAUGCGGAUGCCAUCCUUAAAGGAACUACUGGAGAUGGUUUGUACAGUUGUCAUCCGAGAAAUGGCAAUAAUGUACCAUUUGAACAUAUCUCGUACAGAGAGUUGGUCUCAAGAGGCUUUACUGCAAUGGACAUGACAGCAAUUACCUUUUGUGAGGAGAACGACAUUCCAGUUGUUCUGUUUAAUCUACUAGAGCCAGGGAACAUAUCUAGGGCACUUUGUGGGGACCAAGUUGGAACGCUGGUUGACCAAUCCGGGAGGAUAAACUGAUCCUUUUCAUGUCAGCCAAUUGGCCCCAUAUUGGAGAACCUUUGUUGCAUUUAAUCUUCAGAUGGCAUUUCCAUGUAGCCUCCGUAGCUAGCUGCGGUUUGAAGUAGCUGCAGCCUGCAGCAUGCCAUUUGCAUCUGAAGGGCAAGCAGCGAUGGCAGUGUGAUGAUUGAUCGAGCACUGUAUAAUUAUAACUACCAGAUGGAUGGUCAGGCCGCCCCAGCUCCGUGCCCAGCCCUCAAUCGGGAAAUGGCAUAUUGCUUGUAAAAUUGGAUUUGUAAUCUAUAUUUUGUGGUAAAUGAUUGCUAAGAAGUCCUUGAGCCCGUAUAUAGUGUUUUGAUGUUAUCUGGGAUAGGUUGUAUACAGAUGAAUUUAGCGUGACGCUCUUUUUUCUUUUAGGUAAGAUCUGAUGCCCUUAUUGGGAAAGAGAAAAAAUGUUUUUAAGUA